CAGUCGAGCUCUCUCAGUUGAAAAAAUAAACAACCCAAAAAAAGAAGUCUGAGAUUUGCCCAGAUUCAAAAGCUAUUUAAUUGAUCUUUUUUUUUUCAUCAUUUUCUUAAAAAAGUUUCAGUUUUUGUUUCAUUGAUGAGUUGCUAGAUUUUGUUUUCAUUAUAAUCCAAACCCAAAUCCUCAAAACUCUUAAAGUUUCAAUUUUUGUUUUGUUUUUUCUUUAUUGGGAUGGCAUCUUCAUCAUCACUGGUAAGUCCACUAUGUAAUCAGUCACAGUCUCCACUGCUCCACUGGAUUGGGGAUAGAAGGAAAGCUUUUAUUUCUCCUCCAUGCAACGGCGGCUCAGCCACCAGCAAAGAUGGUGGUGCUUUUGAGCCAUGUAAUGAGUAUUAUUCCUCCAAAAAUGGCAGCUUUUCUUCUUUCUUUGGGUCCAAAAAUGUUUCCUUCAAUAUUAAUCACAAGCACCCAAGGCUCAAUCGAGGUGUUGCCCGAUCUGGACAAGCCAUGGCUGUAGCCGUGGAACCGGCGAGAGAGAUCAGGACAAAACAGAAACCUCCUACGAAGCAAAGACGUGUUGUUGUGACUGGGAUGGGAGUAGUAACUCCGCUUGGCCAUGACCCCGAUGUUUUUUAUAACAAUUUGCUUGAGGGUGCUAGUGGUAUAAGUGAAAUUGAGGCUUUUGACUGUGCCCAGUUUCCAACCAGAAUUGCCGGAGAAAUCAAAUCUUUAUCGGCCGAUGGAUGGAUAGCACCAAAACUAUCCAAAAGGAUGGACAAAUUCAUGCUUUAUAUGCUUAUUGCUGGAAAAAAAGCAUUAGAAGACGGUGGUGUAACCGAAGAUGUAAUGGAGGAAUUAGAUAAAGAGAAAUGUGGAGUUUUGAUCGGUUCGGCAAUGGGUGGUAUGAAGGUUUUCAAUGAUGCAAUUGAAGCACUGAGGAUUUCGUAUAGGAAAAUGAAUCCGUUUUGUGUACCAUUUGCUACUACAAAUAUGGGUUCCGCAAUGCUUGCAAUGGAUUUGGGAUGGAUGGGUCCUAACUAUUCGAUCUCCACCGCAUGUGCUACGAGCAACUUUUGUAUCUUAAAUGCAGCAAAUCACAUGAUUAGAGGCGAAGCUGAUAUGAUGCUCUGUGGUGGCUCUGAUGCAGCAAUUAUACCCAUCGGGUUGGGAGGAUUUGUCGCAUGCAAAGCACUGUCCAAGAGGAACGGUGAUCCUACAAAAGCUUCACGUCCAUGGGAUGUUAAUCGUGACGGGUUUGUCAUGGGGGAAGGUGCUGGGGUUCUGCUUUUAGAAGAGUUGGAGCAUGCUAAGAGGCGAGGAGCGACUAUCUAUGCCGAAUUCCUCGGUGGUAGCUUCACUUGUGAUGCUUAUCACAUGACCGAACCACACCCGGAUGGAGUCGGUGUUGUUCGCUGCAUAGAAAAGGCUUUGGCUCAGUCUGGAGUACCUCGAGAAGAUAUAAAUUACAUUAAUGCUCAUGCUACGUCUACACCAUCCGGAGACAUUAAAGAGUACCAAGCUCUCCUACAUUGUUUCGGCAAAAAUCCCGAGUUAAGAGUGAACUCCACUAAGUCGAUGAUUGGUCACCUACUUGGAGCUGCCGGCGCUGUGGAAGCCGUUGCAGCGGUACAGGCGAUAAGAACUGGUUGGGUUCAUCCAAAUAUCAACCUUGAAAACCCGGACCAAGAAGUGGACACAAAUGUGCUCGUUGGACCAAAGAAAGAAAGGUUGAAUGUCAAGGCAGCCUUGUCCAAUUCUUUCGGGUUUGGUGGCCACAACUCCUCGAUCAUAUUUGCUCCGUACAAGUAAAAAAAAAGAACAUAGUCCAAGCAUCGCUCGUCCCGGGUUACCGUAGCUGCUGUUGUACGUAAAUUCUAUCGGCUAUUUGGUCAGGAAAAGUGUUAAUAUAGGUCAGCUACAUCGUGCAGAAGACUCGAGAAACCUCGUCUAUCGACAAACACCGGUCCGGAAAAAGGGUUAUCAUAGGGAGAAAGAUGAUGUUUAAGAGUUCAUUGUUGUGUUUUAAAGAUCUCAUAUUUUCUACUAAAUUUUAAAGCUACGAUGGAAAUUUUGGAUUUUUAGUUGAUAGGGGCCAUGGAAGCGCAAGUAUUUUCAUGCAUUAAAGUAAAUAUGGGUAAAUUUAUGGUUUUGGUCCUUUUGUUAUGGUUAAA